AAGCCAUCUGUACAUAAUCCACAUUAGAUAAAAGAUAAAUAAGUUAAGGUCUGUGUGUGGAAAAAAACAAUGGCGAUGAUUUUGCAAGUCCCUCCUCCGUCUUCCUUGUGUAACACCAGAAACCCUAAACUCCAAUUCUUCUACUCUUCAGUUCGAUCUAAUUCGAAGAAGUUCAGAUGCAGAGCCGUCCGAGAGAAAACCGAAGAGAUGGUGAAGAAGAACACUCCUCCUUCUUCUUCUUCGGCUGAGGAAGCCACCAAGAAAUAUGGACUCGAAGUUGGUCUAUGGAAGAUAUUGAGAUCCAAGGAUGAAGAGGAAGAAGUUGACGGAGAGAAUAAGAAGAAGAAAUCAAAAACAGAUGAAGCUAAAGAGUUACUCGCUAAGUACGGUGGUGCUUAUCUUGCUACCUCCAUUACCCUUUCCCUCCUUUCCUUCUCACUCUGCUACGCUCUCGUCACUUCCGGUGUUGAUGUUCCAGCUCUUCUCCUAAAGGUUGGGAUUUCGACGAAUGAGACAGGAGAGAAAGUAGGAGCCUUUGCUUUGGCUUACGCAGAGCAUAAAGCUGCUUCUCCAAGAAGGUUUCCUCCUACGGUGGCUUUGACUCCUAUUGUAGCUAAUUGGAUUGGGAAUAAAGUGGACAAGGAGAAGGGUGAUGACUAGUCAGUAUUUUCCUUUAGUUUACUCAAUGGUACUAAAUUGUAUAAUCACUAUACUCACUCUUUCUAGGUUCUAUGUACAAAACAUUUAAGCUUCUUUAAUCUGUGAGAAUGACGUCGAGUUAGGAACAUAAACCAAA